UGGUGAUCUUAAUGUUUUCGCUUGCCCAACACACUCACAGGCCCACUCCCAUUUGCCACAAUGAAUCAUGCAGCCCCGGUGGAGAUCUGCUAUGACAACAUGCGUUUCCUGAUAACUCACAGCCCCACCAACGCGACGAUGCAAAAGUUCACAGAGGAACUUAAGAACUAUGGGGUGACAACCUUGGUCAGAGUUUGUGAUGCCACUUAUGACAAAGCUCUAGUUGAAAAUCAUGGCAUCCAAGUUCUAGACUUGCCCUACAAUGACGGAGCCCCACCCCCUGAUAACGUAGUGGAUGAUUGGCUGAAUCUGUUAAAAAACAAAUUCCGUGAGGAGCCGGGUUCCUGUGUGGCAGUGCACUGUGUGGCAGGAUUAGGGAGGGCUCCAGUACUGGUGGCACUUGCUUUGAUCGAAUGUGGAAUGAAGAACGAAGCUGCAGUUCAGUUCAUCCGACAGAAACGAAGGGGCGCUUUCAACACCAAACAGCUGCUAUUCUUGGAGCAUUAUCAACCCAAGACGCGAAUCCGCUCGCGGUCCCGCUUCAGAGAUUCCACGGUGCACUGCUCCAUUCAGUAGGAUGCAAGGGAAGGCUUUCUUCACUGUGGCGUUGAGCCGGAUCUCUUGGCACCUGGAAUGCGAUUCUGGAAUCUUUCCUGUGUUAUCAAUGAGGAGUAGAUUCAACUAAUU